CUCUUAUUCUUCUUCUUGAACGCAUUCAGUUUAACUCUACAUUCAGUUUAAAAAUCACACCAAAGUUUCCAUUUAAAACAAAUAGAAGGGCGUUCCUAAAAAAAAAAAAACAAAAAACAAAAAACAAAAAACAAAUAGAGGUAAAACUCUCAAGCUCUAGUCGCGCCUUCUACAGCUCUACAGCAGCUCGCCGAUCUGAAGAAAAACCAGCAAAAAAUCUAAUCAGUUCGUCAAGUGUCCCUUAACCGCUUCCGAUUACAGGCGAAAGAAAUUUCUAUCUUGGAGGAUCCAGAACUCCAGGUUAGUAACCAAACGCCGCCAGUCCUUUUAAAAAAUAACCUAAUUUUUUUUAUUUGAUUUCAUUUUUGGUAAAGUGGUAACCCAGUUCCGGUUUCACUUUGACCAAUAGAAAGACGAUGGCUUCAGUGUCAUCGUCGUUACAACCGUGUCGUACAGAUACACAAUCGAACAAGCUUUACUUAUACUUGUGGCACACAUAUAGCCCAGUCACGUAUUCCUUGUAUGAGAUUGAUGUACCAAAUCCUCUCCCUCCUCCCCCAACCAAAGACGCCCAAGACGAACAAAUAAUCAAUCCAAAUCAUCUUGCCCCAAUCCUCCAACUCAAAACCGGAGAAUACCCUGGAAACAUGUGUUGCGUUUCACUGGGCUCCAAAUUGUACUUCAUGGGCGGCGAAUACGAUAUAGAUUACCCAUGCAUUGAUGAAGAUGUAAAGAUAAAGUACAAGAAUGUAAAACGGGAUUUUUUUCCUCGAGAUGUCUAUAUUUUUGAUCCCACCACCCCCAGCUUGCUGCUGCACGGUACAGCGAUGAACAGUGGUAAGUCUUGGCCCUGGGCCUUUGUGGCGGAUGAGAAAAUUUAUGUCCUUGGAAGCAACUUCACAACUGACAUUUUCGACAUAUCCUGGAUAAAGGACUCAGAACUCAAAAGCCUCUCUUUGUUUGAGGUCUAUCAUCCUAAAGAUGAUAACUGGACCAUCCUCCCAAAUCCCCCCAUUGGGAAUGUGGAGACUAGAUGGGUGGGGCACGCUGUUGAAAGAAGGAAGGUUCUCCUUAUAGCUUGGCAGCGGGGAAAAGAGCGCCUCUACUGUUUUGAUCUUGACAGAGAGCAAUGGACAAAAGGAAUAACCCUCCCUUCUCACCUCCGUAAUGUCUCAGGCAGGAUUGAGUUUGUAGAUGGUACCUUUUAUGGAUGUUACCACAACACGGUAGCUGCAAUAGCCCCAGUAGCUAAGGAGGACGAACAAGAAGAAGAUGAAGACAAAGAUGAAGAAGAUGAAGAGGAGGAGGAGGAAGAAACUGAAGAAGAAGAGGGGGAGGAGUUGGAGGAAGAAGAUAAAGAAGAGUGGGAGGAAUUAGGGGAAGGAGAUGAACUAAAUAUCCAACAACAACAGGAGGAUGAAAUGGGUACAAGGUUUAAAAAUUACCGCCGCCAUGUAGUCUUCAAGGAGAUGGGUAUGGAUGCUAUCUUUAAUGUUCCUCAGCAGUUGCAAUCCUCCUCAACCUUGCUUCACUUGGGGAGUAGAUGCUUUUGUUAUGUAAUGACUGGCAUGCCUCCGCAUCCAAAAUAUGGCAGCGAUCAUGCUAUAGAAGAUGACAAAGUACGUGUUAUUAGCAUUGUAAUUUUUCGAGCCCUCGGGGAGACAUACAAAGAAGAUGCCAUUAGAGUCUUCAGGGCAAAAUUCCUGCAUUCUGCACAUUAUACUGUCAAGACCUCGUUCACAAAUGAAGGUGUCAUCCAUGGCUGCUUCUCUCUUGGCUGGUUUCAUCUAUCAUCUAUAAAACUUCCAACUCCAACUGCAAGUAUGGCCGGGGUUCCAGUUUCUGCUCUCUUGGAGCCAACAUCUAUUAAACUUCCAACUCCAACUGCAAGUAUGGCCGGGGUUCUAGUUUCUGCUCUCUUGGAGCAGUUGGCUUCAAUUGCUGUUGGGGAGGCGGAACAAGAGAUAAAGUUGGUCGUGGGUGUUGACCAAGAAGUCCGGAAGCUCGAAGACAAUCUCCGAAUGAUCCAGGCGGUGCUCGAAGAUGCUGAGAAAAGACAAAUGACCGAAGCAGCUGUGAAGCUUUGGUUAGGAAAGCUCAAAAACACAUUCUACCUGAUGGACGACGUGUUGGAUGAGUGGAACACUGAAUUGAUCAAAGCAAGGAUCCAGGAAGAGGAGAAAGAAGAAGAGAAUGCUGAAAACUUUCAUGCUCGGAAGAAGACGAAGGUAAGCUUCUCUAUGAUCCCUUCCCCUUCAUCAUGGCUCCGUCCAGUUCAUAAACUUAGUAUGCGUGACAGCUUUGCUCACGAAAUAAAAGACCUGAGUGGAAAGUUAGAUGAGCUUUUUAAAGAGAGUGUCGGUUUCGGGUUUGAGUUGAAUAGGGGUACUAAAGUAGUUGAGCGACCAACAACUUCCUCCCUUGUUGAUGUGUCUAAAAUUUGCGGUCGUGGUAAGGAAAGGGAGGAGCUAGUGAGCAACCUCUUGGGCAAGGAUAGCCAAGAAGAAAAGAGCCCCCAUGUCAUCUCCUUAAUAGGCAUGGGUGGUAUGGGAAAAACGACUCUUGCCCAACUAGCUUACAAUGAUGUUGAUGUGCAGGCCCAUUUUGAAACGCGAAUAUGGGUAUGUGUUUCUGAUCCUUUUGAUCAGGUUAGGAUUGCCAAAGCAAUCGUUGAAUCUAUUGAUAGUAAAUCCCCUAAAAUUACCGAAUUACAAAAUCUAGUAAUUAGAAUUCGUGAUUUGAUAAGGGGAAAGAAGUUUUUUCUUGUCUUAGAUGAUGUGUGGUCUGAAAAACCCAAUGACUGGGAGCCAUUCGAACUUGCACUCAAAUGUGGCGAUCAAGGUAGUAGAAUUUUGAUCACCACACGUAAGGAGGGAGUUGCAAAGAUGGUAAAUAGUGCUUAUACCAUGUAUUUGGAGGUACUGUCUAACGAAGACAGCUGGUUGAUAUGCAGUCAAAUGGCAUCUGUUGACAAAGACGAUGAGCAACUAGGAAAACUUGGUCGAGAACUAGCAAAUAAGUGUAAAGGCUUGCCACUUGCUGCAAAGAUUUUAGGGAUUGUCAUGGGCGGCCAAAGAAGUAGGCAAAAAUGGAAGAACAUUUUGGACAGUAAUUUAUGGGAAUUAGAAGAUGUUCAAAAUGGUGUUUUAGGACCAUUAUUAUUUAGUUAUAAUGAGUUGCCAUCAGCAAUAAAACAAUGCUUCUUGUAUUGUGCUAACUUUCCAAAGGAUUAUCGCUUUUCUUCAAAUGAGUUGGUCUACCAAUGGAUGGCACAUGGAUAUUUGGGCUCGGAAUCUAAUAUGGAGGAUAUGGGAGAAAGGUACUUUGAAAAAUUAGUUAUGCACUCAUUCUUCCAAGAUUUUGAGAAAGACGACAAUGAUUCAAAUGAGUUGGUCUACCAAUGGAUGGCACAUGGAUAUUUGGGCUCGGAAUCUAAUAUGGAGGAUAUGGGAGAAAGGUACUUUGAAAAAUUAGUUAUGCACUCAUUCUUCCAAGAUUUUGAGAAAGACGACAAUGAUGAUUAUAAGAUAAUAAGAUGCAAAAUGCAUGAUAUGGUGCAUGACUUUGCCCUAUCAAUGACAACAAAUGAAUGCUUCACAAUUGAUGUUGACAAAGUGUUGAGGAUAGAUUGGAAAAGUGCUCGCCAUUUGACAUUAGAAUUAAAGAAGGAAACACAAUUUCCAGUGUCUAUCUAUAAUGCAAAAAAUCUACGAACUCUUUUUCUACGAACUCCUUUUCUACGAACUCCUUUUGGAAGAUCAAGCAUGGUCUUUUCAUCUGAUUUAUUCCAGCGUUUGACAUGCCUCCGGUCAUUGAGUUUGCAAGGUAGUUCCCUUGAGAAACUUCCAAAUGAAGUGGAAAAAUUGAAACAUUUAAGAUUGUUGGAUUUAUCAAGAAAUGAUGAAAUUACAGAAUUACCUGAAACAAUGUGUAAUUUAUGUAAUUUACAAACUUUGGAUAUUCGUUCUUGUAAUCGAAUUAAGAAAUUACCCCAAGGAAUGGGUAAACUAAUUAAAUUGAGACAUCUUCUUUGUAAUGGAUUGACCGAACCCUUUCCAAAAGGGAUUGGGAGAUUGAGAUCUCUUAGAACAUUAGAGAAAUUCAAAAUAGGUGGUAUAAACAAUAUUGGGGAAUGUAAACUUGGAGAGUUGAAGAAUCUAGUCCACCUUAAAGGGUCUCUUGAGAUAAAAGGACUGGAAAACGUAACAGAUGUACAAGAGGCUGAAAAUGCACAACUAAAAAAUAAGAUACACCUCCGUAAGUUGAGAUUAGUGUUUGGUUGGCAACUUGGGGAAACUGAGAAUAGAAGAGGGGAGAAUGAUGAAUUAGUUCUUAAUGCGUUGGAGCCACAUCCAGACUUGGAGAGUUUAUCGAUUCAUUACUACAGGGGUACAGGGUAUCCUAAUUGGGUGAUGUCUUUGACCAUUUUGAAAAAGCUUGAGCUUGAGUCGUGGGAUCAUUUAGAGCAAUUGCCUCCUCUGGGGAAGCUGCGUUUCCUCGAAUCAUUAAGGAUAACUGGUGCGGAAGUGAAAAAGGUGGGUGUUGAAUUUUUGGGAAUAGAAUCCAAUAGGAAGAAGGAUGAGGAGAUGGGAUCAACAUCAACAUCAACAUCAUCACUUAUCUUAUUCCCUAAUUUGAAAUCUCUAUUUUUUCAGUCUAUGUUUGAGUGGGAAGAAUGGGAUGGGAUGGGAGAAAGUGGUGUUUCAGAAUCAGUUUUAAUUAUGCCACGUCUUCAGAGUUUGGGUACUACAUAUUGUCCAAAGCUCAAGUCACUGCCCAACUUCCUCAAGAAAACUUCGUUAGAGAGAUUGAGUGUCGAUUGUCAAAUUUCCAAUUGGAUGACGUUGGCAUACAAUUUAGCCGGAUUGAAAACACUUCGUCUCAAUCUGAAUAACAACGUAGAGCAUUUGCCCACUUUGGGGAAGCUGCUGUUGGUUGAAUCAUUAGAUAUAUACGGUGAUGGCGAUAGAGUGAAAAAGGUGGGCGUUGAAUUUUUGGGAAUAGAAGAAGAAUCCAACAACAAGAUAGACGACGAGAAGGGAUCGACAUCAUCAUCAUCUUCUUCUUCGCUUGUCUUAUUCCCUAAUUUAAAGUCCCUCUCAUUUUGGGGGUUGAAAGAGUGGGAAGAAUGGGAUGGGAUUGGAGGAACAAUGAGAGAAGAAGAAGCACAAGAAAGUGGUGUUACUAUCACUAUUAUGCCACGUCUUCAACAUUUGACAAUUAGGAGUUGCCCCAAGCUGAAGUCGCUGCCUGACUUCCUUCCUACAACUCCAUUGAAGACACUGGGGAUUGUUCAUAGUCCAAUUCUCAGGGAAUGUUGCAAAGAAGAGAUAGGAGAUCAAUGGCCCAAGAUUUCACACAUACCCAACAUCAGCAUUCCUGGGGGAACUGUGCGGGCAGUCGCGUACAUGCCGUUAAGACUUCCUUCCUACAGCUAGAUUGAAGCAAUUGCAUAUCCAGAACAGUCCAAAUCUCAGCCAACGUUGCCAAAGGGAGAAAGGAGACCAAUUGCCCAGCAUUUAUUAUCAUUAAUAAGUGGGACAGGAUGAUCAAUCAAGGGAAAAUUAAUUCUCGGGAAAAUAUUCAAGGCGUGAGCGUACGAACGUUGACAAAGGCCUACAGAAGAAACUCCUGUAUCAUAUCAUAAUGACAGCAAAGCUUGCAUAUGGUAUGACACAUGAAAGGUCUUAUGAGUUUAAACCCAAAGGCAUGUGAAUUUCUUGUGAGGCCAAUGAAAAAUGAAAUGAAAUCGAAGCUAGAAGAAAGGCAUUAAGAGACAUAUUCAGCAAUGCUGGAAGGUUCUUGAAGCUGUGAAUUUGAAGAAGAGAUCUCAUAAGUGGUGUAAAGACGAUAUGCUUGAUUACCUUUUGCUCCUUUCGUCCAAUCUCCUCUCUCUCUUGCACCAGGUUCUGUUUGGUUGCUAAGAAAGUGUAGGAACCAAUGACUUUUUUAAGAGAAAGAGAAAGACAGAUGUACUCAUCCAUUUCAAUAGUCACAGUUUAGUGGUAUCUUUUGCGGCGAUAUGAAAGAGUGGGAAGAAUGGGAUGGGAUUGGAGGAACAAUGAGAGAAGAAGAAGCACAAGAAAGUGGUGUUACUAUCACUAUCAUGCCACGUCUUCAGUCUUUGACAAUAUUUGAAUGCCCCAAGCUGAAGUCGCUGCCAGACUUCCUUCCUACAACUCCAUUGUUGAUACUGCAGAUCUAUGAGAGUCCAAUUCUCAGUGAAUGUUGCAAAACAGAGAUAGGAGAUCAAUGGCCCAAGAUUUCUCACAUACCCAAAAUCCUGAUUGAUGGGAGAACUGUGCAAAAUUAAAUCUCAUUUCGAUUGCGGGCGCUGCAAGUCGCAUCCAUUCAGAUAAGGCCUUAUUAAACCAGAAAUCAAACGAGAAGCAUAUAUUGUGCUGGAGAAAAUUUGCGUGUAUGGAUGCAUGUUUGUAAAACACCCACAAAAGAAAGGCUUUCAGUAUCGCAUACUGACAAAUGAAAGGUCAGCAAGGUUCAAGAGUUUGAAUCUGGAGGAGUGCAUGUGGUUUUCUUGUCCUUUAGAUUGAAGUGUUUUGUGCAAAUAAAGAGGGAGAGAGUGGGACGUUAGCACUGGGAUCAGAGGGAAAAACUAGAUAGAAGUCUGUUGUUUUUUUGACUGUUUAUGCCAUCCAAUGUUGGCUAAUUUUGGAAUGACAAAGUAAAAGGUGAAUACUAGAAGAUUGGACCAGUCCAAAAAUUCCCCAAAUUCUGGAAUCAAGGCCAUUCAACUUUUGGUUUAAUAUGGGCACUUUGAUUAUAGUUCUCCUACAGAGGCUGAAGUGAUUCUUUACAUUGAAGAGUGCGAAGUAUAAGAGGUGACCACUGGUCAAGAAGAAAAAAUUACAAAAGCCUUGGCUUUGUUAGUUGGAUAGAAAGAGUUGGAUACUCUUUUCUGGAGCAACAUUUGUGGAACUGAAUAACAUUUUCCUAAUAUUCUAUUACAACUUCUUUGCUGCCUCAAUCUUAUCCUCACUCAACAAGUUUCCUCUAUGGCUAUGGUUUAUUUCCUUCAUGAUAUAGGCUGAACUCCAAACUAUGUGUCAUUUGGGAAAGCACAUCUUGCACAAGAGGGAAUGGUUAUGCAAAAGAUUUUGGCACCAUGAUUGGAACAUCUCGAGGGGUCAGUUGCAUCUCCAAAGCUGUCUGCAGAAUUCAGGAGCAGAGCAUGUUGCAUAAUUUGUACUUUCGUGGAGUAGAUGGGACUUGGAAAGAACUUCUGUGAUAUUAAUAUGAGGAAACUAGAAGGCGUGCUCUCAAAGUUGUUAUGGAUGGACUUCCUAAAACCAUUGAUAAAGACAUAUUGGAAGUUCGGGACGCUUUGAAUAAUUUGUGGCCACAGAAAAAGGUCCUUGCUGUUUACGUACCGUAAACCAGACUCAUUAAGCCCAUGUUUGAAGUUGUAUGCAUAGAGAAUGGUGUUAUGCACUACAGUCUUAGCAUUGUCUGAUUUCUUCCUCUGAUCCACCUUAUUUUGAAGGUUGAGUUGGGAACUGUGAUGUGUUUGGAUAAAACAUCCCAUGCAAGAGAGACUGUUGGUAACAAUAAUUUCCAACCUAUUAAGGGUCGAGGAAUACUUUGCCCUCAUUCUGGUCAGACAUCAUGCAAAAUGUUGCGUUCCCUUGGGCCUCAGACAUUGGGCCAGUCUAUUUGGUGACACAUAAAAAGCAACCGAGGCUAAAGUGUUCUGUGGCAUGCAUGGGAAGCAACCACCAGGUAGAAGAAGAUAUUACAAACAUCUUGGAACAACAUCCCAACUGGAAGAGUGUGGGCAUGGGAGGUGAACUUGAAACAAUGUUCCUCAUAGAAGAAAAUCUUGUGCCAGAGGGAAACGUCCUGCAAAAGUUGCACUUGCUUGGAGUAAAUGGAACUUGAAGAGGGACUCUAUGAUCUACGUGGUAAUGAAAUUCGGGUUGGCGCGAAUAUUGGCUUUCUUGUUGCAGAGGAAACUAAAAGGUGUGCAUUCAAAGGUAUUGUGGCUGGACCCCCAUAAAACAUUGAUAAUGGAACUCCGGUAAUCAUAUGCUUUGUUUAACUUGUGCAUUAGUCUUUUGGUUCUGACACUGACAUGGAUGAGGCCUAACAUGCUGUAUUGAUGCCCAUGUUUGAAGUUGUAAGCAUUGAGAAGGAUUUGCACGCUGCAGUGCAUAUUUUGAGAAAGGGACUUGAUGGGGCAUUUUGUCAUAUAAAUUUGCAAGCAAUGUUAUCCUGUGUAUUUGUGGCUAGAGAAUUCAAGUCCGAGUGUCCACAAAUUUUACAGUUAGCCACUUAUUUGCAUAUACGUGAAAUUGAAGGCCAUUAAGUACAGGCUAUGGUAUUGUGUAUCUCAUUCAACAUGUAGUCUUGAACAUUUGGUGAAGCACAUUUUAAAUUGGGAGUAAUUAAUAAGCAAUGAUGUACCUCAGAAAGCCAUUUCUUACAUUCGGGUACAAGUACAGUUGAUUGAUAAAGCUCUACUCAGUCAAAUGAUAGAGCUCCAAAUGGCAGAAUGGAAAGUCUCUAUGCUUGAUUUGUAGACACAACAGUGUUGAUUGAUGAAGCUCCAUUAACAUAUCAUAGGCGCAUCAAUGUAGCAUGUCAUGGAGUUAAAGAAACAAUAUUGUGAAGCAGUGGCACACCACACACCAAGAAAUUUAUGACCUGUGAACUCAGUUUUUCAAUUUCGAGUCUAGAAUUUGCAUCUAACAUUUACAUGUAAAUCCAGAUUUUUGAACCUUUUGUGUGCUGUGACUUGCGUAUAGCCAUGAAACUUUUGGGAGUAUGCAUUUUUUUUUCCAUCAUCCUCCUUUGACAUGCAUGUGGUGCUACUCAUGGAAAUUUUUUUGUAAACUUGCUUUUCAUCUGGAUUGUUGGUGGUGUCCAAUAUGAUUGUGGUUUUACUGCGGUGAACUAUUUGAUGUUCAGCCCCUCGUGCUAUGAUUGGAAAUCAAGUAGGAGAUCAAAUGAAAUUAGCUUUGGUAUUUGGUGGGCGAUCAAUUCCAAGUAAAACUGGAACAUCACAAACCUCAGAUGCUAUCAGCUACAAUGUAUGUUUUAGAUGCCAUCAACUACAAUGCAUGUUUUAGGUGCCUUAUACUUGAGAUUAUAGAAGUGAGAUUGCUUUAUACUUCUAUCUGUAACUAUCUUCUCAAAGUAAUAAAUCUGUGUAACAUUUUCUUCUACAAUAAUAAGUCAUUGAACAAUGCUGGAUAUUCAAGGUGGGGUGACUUGCCAGUAUUAUUGAGCAUAACAGUCACAUUUGAUA